UAAUAUAUAUGCUCAAUUAGCUUUUAAAACCGCGAUAUCAUACAAGCUUAUUUAGGUUGCUAAAUUAAUUACUAGCUGCCACUCAUUAGAAUAACGUGAGAUCAAAAUGAAGCAUAAAAUACUUCUCCAUAGAAUUGGAAUGAUUUACAUCAAAUCCUCCUAAACAAACAAUGAAAAAGGCAUCAAAUUUAUAAAUCUUGAUCCCAUCUCUUAUCACUCUAAACAAAUGGGUCGUAAAUUUCGAGUAAUUGGGACAGCUGUAAUUACACCAACGACAAUAACAGUACAGUCCUUUUUUUGGCUUAUCCAAAUCAUACUUUUCCUAUUAAAAUCAAGUAUUUUACUUACCUUCAACAUUAAUCUAAACAACAAUGGAUGCUACAAAAUUACUUCUAUUUACAAUCUUAGCAAUCCUACCAAUCCUUAAUCAAGCACAAAAUUCCACCGUUGAUCCUUACAAAUUACUCCACCUUAUUCCAAACCCCGACGGUUCAAUCACUCGAAUUAAGGAAUUCUAUCCUACCGUACCACCCAACACUUCUUCUGUUGCAUUCUCUAGGGAUGUCCCUCUUAACCACGAUAAAAAAACGUGGAUUCGACUCUACUUACCCAAUAAGUCCGACCUCGUUAACCUACCAAUCACAGUAUACGCCCAUGGGGGCGGAUUUAUUAUCCUUAGCACUGCCACCCCUAACUUCGACUGGUUUCUCUCCAACACGGCGAGUAACCUCACCGUGUUGGUUGUCUCGGUUGAGUACCGGCUCGCACCCGAACACCGCCUUCCUGCGGCUUACGACGACGUUUUAGAGGCCUUGCAUUGGGUUAAAGAAAAAAAAGACGUGUGGGUGAACAAGUAUGCGGAUGUUACAAGGUGUAUUUUGAUGGGGGAGAGUGCAGGGGGUAACAUAGCCUACAACGUGGGAUUAGGAGCGUCUAUUUUAAACCAUAAGCUUAAGCCGUUAGUUAUUAAGGGUUUGGUUUUGAUCCAACCAUUUUUUGGCGGGUUAAAUCGUACCGAAUCCGAGUUGAAACUACCCGAUUCGGCUGGCUUACCCUUGGUGAUUACGGAUUUUAUGUGGAAUUUAUCUCUACCACUCGGAGGUAGUAGGAACCACCCGUAUUGUGACCCGAUGUUUGGAGGCGGGUCAAGUAAUUUAGAUAAAAUUAAAGAGUUGGGCUGGCGGGUUGCAAUAGCGGGUUGUGAUGGAGAUCGACUUUAUGACAAACAAGUAGAGGUAUUUAUGUUUUUAAAAAAACAAGGCGUAGAUGUUGUUGGUAAUUUUAGUAAAGGAGAUUACCAUGGUGUUUUUGUUACUGAACUCGCUAAAUCACUAAAGCUGUUUGAGUUUGUGAGAAGUGUAUUUUCUUACCUUCGUUAUUGAAUACUUGUACCUUUUUGCUCCUCAUUAAUUUAAUUAAAGUCCCAUCUAAUAACGGUACUAAAAUUACCUAUUCAAUUUUAAUUCAAAAGUGUAGCACAAGAAGUGACAAAAAACUUUAACAAACACAAUGGACCCAAUACUGUCACCAAAGAUGAAUUUUUCAAA